AAAAAAAAAAAAAGAAAAAUUAAACCAUCCUUUUCCUUCCUCAAUUGCCUCAAAAAGCAAUUGAGAGCCCAUCAUCAUUCACUUCAUUUUAGUAGUAAUUUCUUUUUCUCUCCCUUCCAUGAACGGAAGGAGAGAAGUUCCAUAAGGUCCCCUUUUCUUUUCUUUUCUUUCUUCUUCUUCUUCAUUACUUCUCCUCUGCUUUUUUUUACUCUGUUUUUCCAAUGGCGCUACUCACUCCCAUGCCUCCUCAAGAAAAAUCCCGAACCUCAUCCCGAACCAAUACCACCAAUUCAUCAUCAUCAGACAAGACCAAGCAGAAAACACAUCACCCAUCAAAACGCAGGAAAAUCAAACAGCAGCAACAACUUGUUCAGUUACAACAACAACAACAAAAGCAAUCCUCUUCAUCUUCAUCUUCAACUUCAUCAUGGGACCAAUUCAAAAACUUACUCACUUGCAAACAAAUCGAAGGGUCAACCGUCCAUGAUCCCUCUUCUUCAAAGCACAACGGAAGUACUAAUACUACUAGUAAUCAGAAAUCCGGUUCUUGCAGCUCAAUCUGCACUUUCAGGGACGUGGUUCACGGGAACACCCGGGUGGUUCACCGGGCCGAUAAUUCCCCCGAGAGCAGCAGCUUGGGUCAGGAAACCGGCCGGCUCCUGAGUAAGAAAUCGAGUCACGGAAGUAACGGUAACGGUAACGGAUCGUCGUCCCGGUCGUAUUCUUCCAGCUCCGUCAGGUCAAACGGAAGCAACUUGGCGUACAACGCAUCAUGCAGUAGCAGGGGAAUGCAAUUCAGGAAGCUGUCUGGAUGUUAUGAGUGCCACACCAUUGUUGAUCCAAGCAGAUACCCAUUGCCGAGGACAACCAUAUGUGCUUGCUCUGAAUGUGGAGAGGUCUUCCCUAAGAUUGAGAGCCUUGAACAUCAUCAAGCAGUCAGACACGCGGUGGCUGAGCUGGGUCCAGACGACUCAAGCCGUAAUAUAGUGGAAAUCAUUUUCAAAUCAAGCUGGCUCAAGAAGGAUAAUCCAAUCUGCAGCAUCGAACGGAUAUUAAAAGUCCACAACACCCAGCGGACGAUCCAACGGUUCGAGGACUGCAGAGACGCCGUCAAGAUCCGGGCCAACAGCAGCCACAAGAAGGACCCGAGGUGCGCCGCCGACGGGAACGAGCUGCUUAGGUUCCACUCCACCAGCCUCAGCUGCUCACUCGGCGCGCGGGGCUCAUCCAGCUUGUGCGGCUCCGUCCCCGGCUGCGGCGUGUGCACCAUCAUCCGACACGGCUUCCAAGGCAGCCGGUCCACUGGGGUCCGCACCACCGCAAGCAGCGGUCGGGCGCACGACUGCCUUGGAAUCACCGCCGGCGCGUCAUCCCGGAGAGCCAUGCUGGUUUGCCGGGUAAUCGCCGGGAAGGUGAAGCGCUUGGCGGAAGACGCGGCGGCGUCUCCGGAGGAGGAGGAGAAAGACGGGUUGGCCGCCGGGUCAUACGAUUCCGUGGCCGGAUACGCGGGAAUCUACUCGAAUCUCGAGGAGCUUUACGUAUUUAAUCCAAGGGCUAUCCUACCUUGUUUUGUUGUCAUCUACAAGACACUGGAUUCUUAGUUGCGUGCUUUCAAUUUCUCUUCUCUUUUUCUUUUUUUUUUUAUUUAUUUAUAAAGUUUCCCUUCGUUUGAGUAGUAGUUUAGUGAAUUGUAAUACUACUAGUUUGUACGAACUUAUUAUCGUCAUCAGUUUACUGUUAGUUACGAAUUACUCCCCCCGAUCCUAUUUGUUACCAAUUAAUUUGAUUUAAAAUUAUGGGUGACGAAUAGGGUAAGAGGGAGUAUUUGUAAUUAAAGUUAGGAGGAAACCAAGAGAGCAAAGAAAGGGAUCAAAAUAUGCUGGGGGAAAAAGAUUAUAAAUUCAGGAUGCUAAUUUUUAGGUGUGUGCAUCAAAUCAAUCAUUUCUUGUUAUGUAUAUAUAUAUAUGGUGAAGCUGUCUUUUUGGAUCUUCAUGUGUGUCUCUUUUUGUGCUUAUGGUCUUGUUAAAACUACCUUUAC